UGUCCCUAUGCUCAUCGAAAUGCGGGUGACACAGAACGUCGCUAUCAUCCACGCUACUUCAAAACAGGCAAUUGUAUCUACGAGACGACCGAAAAUGGAGCAUGCGUGAAGAAUGGAUUACACUGUGCGUUCGCUCACGGUCCGGACGAUGUUCGACUGCCCGUGUAUGAUAUUCGUGAAGUGCAAGAUGCCUCUUCCAAGUUUACCGUCAACUUGCCAGCCAGUUUGGAAAAGGAGCGUGUAUUGAGCGAAGAUCCGAAAUGGAAUGAAAUGUUUCACGUGUUGGCAUGUUACAAAACGGAAUUGUGCAAGAAGCCUCCACGAAUGUGUCGCCAGGGCUAUUCCUGUCCGUUCUAUCACAACGGGAAAGAUAAGCGUCGUGCACCGGACAAAUGGCGAUAUCGAAGUACCCCGUGCCCAGUUGUACGGCCUGGUGAUGAAUGGCUGGACAGUGGGCUGUGCGAGGCCGGAGAUACGUGUACUUAUUGCCACACCCGAACGGAGCAACAAUUUCAUCCGGAGAUAUAUAAAUCCACAAAGUGCAAUGAUGUCAUCAAUUCGGGUUACUGUCCACGUGGUCCUUUUUGUGCAUUUGCUCAUUGUGAUACGGAAAUUUCCACCGGACGCGACUUCCUGGCCAAAUUGCAACAAGAUCAGCUCAAUUCGGGUGGUGGAAAAGCAGAAAAACCGAUAUUUGAACUGAAUAUUACACUUUGUUUGAACGAAGGUCAUCAGAUGGAUGAAGAAUUGUUCGAUUAUUUUAUUCUCUUGAAUUCUAAGUGUAUUUGA